GUGUGUUUUCCGCUCAAAAUGUUCAAACGGAUAGUUUUAGCUGUAAUUAAUAUAGUGUUUCUGAUAGUGGGUACAACGGCGUUCGCUUCCCUGCGCUAUCCGGAGAGUUUCAAUCAGCAGCUCAUUCGCUACAAGGGUCGCGACUCAUCGAACGGGUACUUUGAGCUUGCCAGUGAAGCGUACUACACCGGUGCGUAUGAUCUCGUGGAGGAGCUAAACGAAACCGCCACAUGUUUGCGGGCCGACUGUCGGGAGCAAUCGAACAGCUCCCCGGUAGUCCGUGACCGGCGCCGUGUAGAUCCCACCUUCUACGGACAUCCGAAAACGCGGGAACAAAUCUGGGAGCGCAACUUUGCCCACGUCAUCGAGGACAAUCGGCAAACGCUCUCGCUAGUGACACUGCUGAACAAGAUCAUCAUGAAGUAUCUGUACAGCUGCAUACCGAUCGUACUGUUCGACACGUACGUCGCCACUACGGAGAACUACAUGCUGGAGGCACUGUUCAGCGACUUUCCCAUCACCUACAUCACGGGGCGCAUCGGACCGAACUACACGCUCGACAAUCCGGGCAUACUGGAACCGACCGGGCCACAGUGCCGCAGCUACAUCAUCUUCCUCGCGGACGUCAUGAUGACGCGCAAAGUGAUCGGUCCACAGAUGAACAGCUACGUCGUGCUGAUACCGCGCUCGAGCCAGUGGAAGCUGCAGGAGUUUCUGGCGGCCAAGCAGUCGCGCGACAUCAUCAAUCUGCUCGUGAUCGGUGAAUCGUACUCGGUGGACAAACGCAUCAACAACGAACAGCCGUACGUGCUGUACACGCACGAGCUGUACAUCGAUGGGCUCGGUGCGAACCGGCCGCAGGUACUGACCUCCUGGAUUGGGAACAAGUUCUCGCGCAACAAUGUGAACCUGUUCCCGAAGAAGCUGCGCAAAGGAUUCUCCGGACAUAGGUUCACGGUGAAGGCGGCCCACCAACCGCCGUUCAUGAUCAAGCGCCUGUCGACGGACGGGGUGGGCAAUGUGAACAUACGGUGGGAAGGGUUGGAGAUGCGGCUGUUGCGUGCGAUGGCGCAGUAUCUUAACUUUACGUACGACAUUAUCGAGCCGGGCAGAACGGAACUGGGCCCCGGAGACGCUGUUGUGGAAGAGAUUAAGCGUGGACAGGGCGAUAUGGGCCUGGCCGGUAUUUAUGUGACGAUUGAGCGUAACCUUGCCACCGAGAUGUCCGUGUCACAUUCGACCGACUGUGCCGCCUUCUUGACGCUAGUGUCCAGUGCUUUGCCACGAUACCGUGCGAUCUUGGGACCAUUCCAGUGGCCCGUCUGGGUAGCGGUGAUUCUCAUCUAUCUGUUGGCCAUUUUUCCACUCGCUUUUUCCGACAAAAUGACACUGCGCCAUCUGCUGGGCAACUGGAGCGAGAUCGAGAACAUGUUCUGGUACGUGUUUGGGACGUUCACGAACAGUCUUACCUUUCAGGGUGAGAAUUCGUGGAGCAACACGCGGAAGACGUCGACUCGUAUGCUGAUUGGCAUUUAUUGGGUGUUCACGAUCAUUAUUACCGCGUGCUAUACGGGCUCGAUCAUCGCCUUCAUCACGCUUCCUGUAGAGCCGGAACGUAUCGAUGGCAUCGAGCAGCUGUCCAGGGGAUUCUUUCGCGUUGGCACACUGGAUCGGGGCGGUUGGGAACGUUGGUUCCUUAACUCGAGCCACAAACAAACGAACAAAUUGCUAAAGGACCUCCGGUUUGUGAGCAGCGUUGAUGAAGGCAUCCGCAACGUGACUGAAGCGUUCCUCAUCUCGUACGCCUUCAUUGGAUCGAAGGGAGAGUUGGAGUUCCUGAUCAAAUCGAACCUGUCGCAUCAGUUUGAAAACAAACGCUACGGACUGCACGUCAGCCGAGAAUGUUUCGCCCUGUACGGUGUGUCGAUGGUGUUUCCGCCCAACUCCGUCCAUCGCGAUCCAAUUAACAAUGCGAUCCUGUACAUGCAGGAAGCCGGCCUAAUAGGCAAACUGAACAGGGACGUCACGUGGGAAACGAUGAAAACGAAGGACGGUCGCCGGAAGGAAGCUUCCGUCGGUGAAGUGCUCCGAUCGACGGCGCCCUCCGAACGUGGCCUAACACUCGCCGACACGGAGGGUAUGUUUCUGCUAAUGCUGUUCGGGUACGUCGUGGCACUCGGUGUGCUCAUCUCCGAAUGGGUUGGCGGCUGCACCAACAAGUGCCGCGAAGUGCUGAAGGAACGGGCGGAGCGUUUGAAGGCGGCUGCAGCUGAAAUUGCGGCCGCUGCCACCGCCGGAAGCGAUAACGGUUCGCUGCCUGUGUCAUCACCCACCUCGACCAACCGGAACUCACCACAUAAAAGGACAGGUCCCAAUGGGGUGGAAAAUUCCCUCCCAGCCAGUGGAAAUGGAUCGGCAACAGUACGUCGUAUACGGCUUACCGGGGAAGAUUCCGAGAACGAACCAAACGAGUACGACGUACCGCCGGAUGCUGCUAGUGACGGUGGAUCUUCGCUGCAAAGGCACAGUCUGUCGGAGUGCUUGUCGGAGGUCAGUGCGCAUACGAUGCAGGAUCUGUAUAAUGGCCCAGACCGGCGCCAUUCCACGAUCGUGUUCCUGGACGGGCAGCUAAUGUCGGAAGAGGAAGCGCAGCGCAAGGUCGCGCGCAGCAAGUCCCGACACCGGCACAGCUUAAGCUCCGUGCUGGAGCGGGAAGUUAGUCAGCUGUUUCGGUUCCUGGGAAAGGAAUCACCGCACAGUGCACGAGCCGACGAGUCAAGUGAUGUGGGUGGACUGGUACGGAGAGGUGCUGGACGCGAGCGGAAAGAGAUGAAGGUGGCAGUGGAGAUCAAUGCCCGAGCGACUGAGGAAGGGCAGCAAGGUCCGGGAGCAGCCGUAGGUCGUCGCAGUAUUGAGGCCACUUUUGGGGAAAAGCUGUUGCAUUGAAUGGUGGC